UGUCAGAUUGUCGACGUAAACAAACGACGGCGAUUUCCGCUAUUUAUUGUUUAUUUUUAAAUUAAAUUCAAAUAAUAAACAUGUCAUCUCACAACGUGAACGUUUGCGACAUCACCGACGACGUCAAGGAGGUGUUGAAGAAGUUCCGAUUUCAGAAACACACGACUAAUUCUGCGCUGAUACUGAAGGUGAACAGAGAGAAGCAGACGCUGGAGGUAGACGAGGAGUUGGAGAAUGUGGAACUUGAGGAUCUUCAGGAUACGCUGCCUUCUCAUCAGCCACGGUUCAUUGUGUACAGCUACAAGUUGGAGCAUGACGACGGACGCGUGUCGUUCCCGAUGUGCUUCAUCUUCUACACGCCCAGGGACGCGCACAUGGAGCUGCAGGUAAUGUACGCGGGCACGCAGCGGGCGCUGGCGGCCGCAGUGGGCGCGCCUCGUCUGCUCGAAGUGCGCGAGAUCGACGAGCUCACCGCCGACUGGCUGCAGGAGAAACUCAAGAAGUAAACACAAGUGCACACGAAAUUACACCUUAUGUACUUGUGGUGGUGAGUCAAAGUCGUAUGCAGAUGUUUUUGCUAUAAAAAUGGUAAUAAUUUGCUGAAUUCUGAGUCAAGUUUUUUUAUGUACAGUCGGCCACAAAAUUCUGUGAACACAAACAAAAUUAUAAAAUUUUUUGAACACCAACAAUCUGUGUACUUGGAUCUGCGACUGCAUUAAUUCUCUGCUGUUCAAAUUAUUUUGUUCAGUAGUUGUUGUAACGGUGAUUUUUUAAUUUUAGGUAUUUUUUUGUGUUCAUGGAGUUUUGUUACUGAUCGC